GCUUUCUUCCAAUAUAAAUGUCUAUUUAUAGUGGUUGGACAGCUUGAUCUGAAACAUACAUCAGAAUUAACUAGUAAUGGCGGGGUGUACAGUUAGUCAGAUGAGGCCACCUACGGAGCCGAAGCCAAUGAGGCCACCUACGGAGCCGAAGCCAACGAAGGCUUCCCCCCACAAGUUCGCGAUUAUCACAAAUGAAGCAGAUAGUUCUAUCAAUCUUGAAGAGCGAAUGUACACCGGGAUCUUCUUGAAACGGAAAAGAAGGAAAUACUGGGUGGAGAAGGACACCAAUUACAAUUGCUUCAUGGUGUUUGCGAGGGACUUGUCAAUAACAUGGAGUGAAGACCCAAAAUACUGGUGUUGGCUCACUCAAAAGGAAACAAGCGGCGAAGAGAUUGAGGUGGCAUCACUGCUAACUGUUUGCUGGCUGGAAAUCAUUGGAAAAUUUGAAGUAUCUUAUCUCACGCCAGGAGUCACAUACGUAGUCGCAUUCAUUGUAAUGAUGAACGAUGGGGCGUACGGGUGGUCUACCCCAGUGAAACUCAGGCUAAAGUUGCCCGAUGGGAGCGUUCAACAACGCGAGGAGAGCAUGGAAGAAAAGCCUAGAGGGAAAAGCCUUAUGCUUCAAGUUGGCGAAUUCACGACGAAAGCUGAACAGGAAGGAGAAAUGGAGAUUUCACUGUUCGAGUACGAAGACGGGAGCUGGAAGCGAGGGCUGACAGUUAUAGGUGUGAUUAUCCACCCAAAGUAUUUGCGGCUUCCGCCAUAAGAUAUGCAAUCCAUCACCAUGCUUAUGGAACUGUCGAUCUACCUAUUUAUGUUGUUGUUCGUGAAAUGUAGUAUGAAGAAACUAAAUUGUGAGAAUAAGAUGUGAUCAGAUAUGAGAAAAUUUUGAGUGUAAUAAGAUAUUUUGAAUACA